UUCAUCCAGAUAGUUGAGCAGACACUCCUCUGCUUCCUGCCUGCCUGCCUGCCUGCCUGCUCCGUAGUCGAGAGAGAAAAUCCCUGUCUAAGCAUGGGCCUCUGGCUGCAGCACUCGGCAGCUCCCAGAGAAUGACAACAGUUCACAUGGUCAUUAGCUGCAGACGCUGAAGCGCGAGGACUCGGAGCUGCACACACAGACGCCUGCACCUGGUAUCUCUCCGCUGAGGCUUAGACUGAGGCACAACAGAGGCCACCGGACUUAACGUAACGAGGUGGGAACUCAACCGUCUCUCGGACCGUCAACAGAAAGUGCCUUGUCAGACAACAUCCCUACUUGAAGCUCCCCGCAAAGCCCAAACAUUCCUCCUGCGACCGUGACGGAAGAUAACUCAACCGCAAACGCCCCUGCCCUCCCAUCUCGUCUUCACCCAGCGAGAAGGGAACCCAAACAGAGAAGAAAGCCGGCCCUACGCUGCCACAACACCGAGAGCCCGCUGUGCUCUUGUUGAAGUCGACACCGAACCCACCACGGUCUGCACACGUUUCCCAUCCUCCCAAGCUGGGCCAUCGCCUCGAAAUAGCGCCUGUUUCAGAUCCCCACCCCCCUCUUCCAGGACUCCUAGUGCUCCUGUCAAGGAAAGGGCGUUUCGGGGACGUUGGUGGGGUCAGUCGAGCCUGCCUCUGAGCAUGCCUCUUCUGCCUUGUCAGGCUUCUGCACCUGGGACUAAGUGAUUGAUGAAUGACUGCUUUCUGAUUGACAGCUUCUCUGAUAGCAGUGGUCUCCAAAGCUGCAGCCACGGGGAGGGGGGUAACCAGGCCAUUUACUCCUCUCUAAAGUCCUCAAGGGCAAACAUCGACUGACAUUUAAAAAAAAAAAAAAACGAGAGGAAAAAAAAACACUUUUAGCUACAUGGUUCAUCACUUUUAGUUUUUUCUUUUUUUUUUCACACCCUGAAAAGCCCUCAGACGAGUGUCUCCCCCCCAAAAAAGUAGUGGCUGGUUCUAGCUUCACCCAGCGCUGAUAUGGCUUUAAACAUUGCUUCAAUACGAGACACAAAAUGGCUGACCCUGGAAGUGUGCCGGCAGUUUCAGAGGGGGACUUGUUCGCGUAGUGAUGAGGAAUGCAAAUUUGCACACCCGCCUAAAAGCUGCCAGGUUGAAAACGGAAGGGUGAUUGCCUGCUUUGACUCGCUAAAGGGUCGCUGCACGCGAGAGAACUGCAAGUACCUCCACCCCCCGGCCCACCUCAAGACCCAGCUGGAGAUCAACGGGCGCAACAACCUCAUCCAGCAGAAGACGGCGGCGGCCAUGUUGGCGCAGCAGAUGCAGUUCAUGAUCCCCGGCACCACCAUGCAGCCCGUGCAGACGUUCCCAGUGAGCCAAGGUCUGGGCUCCAGCCCGGGGCUGAGCUACGCCCAGUACCUGACCCCCAUGACCCACAGCAUGGGCCUGGUCCCCACCGAGAUGCUGCCCAGCACCCCGCUCAUCGUCCCAGGCAGCCCUCCCAUCUCCGUGCAGGGCUCCUCCUCCAACCAGAAGCUGCUACGCACAGACAAGCUGGAGGUGUGCCGCGAGUUCCAGCGGGGCAACUGCGCGCGGGGCGAGACAGACUGCCGCUUCGCCCACCCCAGCGACAGCCCCAUGAUCGACACCAGCGACAACACGGUGACCGUGUGCAUGGACUACAUCAAGAGCCGCUGCUCCCGGGAGAAGUGCAAGUACUUCCACCCUCCGGCCCACCUGCAGGCCAAGAUCAAGGCCGCCCAGCACCAGGCCAACCAGACGGCUGUGGCUGCCCAGGCCGCCGCCGCCAUGACUCAGUCGACUGCCAAAGCAAUGAAGCGACCCCUCGAGGCAACUGUAGACCUGGCGUUCCCCCACGGCAUGCUGCAGCCCCUACCAAAGAGACAAGCCCUGGAGAAGAGCAACGGGGCCAGCUCUCUCUUCAACCCCAGUGUGCUGCACUAUCAGCAGGCCCUGGCCAACGCACAGCUCCAGCAGCCCGCUUUCUUUCCCACAGGGUCAGUCUUGUGCAUGACUCCUGCUAGCAGCCUUGUCCCCAUGAUGUACAGCGCUUCGCCCGCCGCUGUCUCUGCAGCAGCAACUCCUGCCACAAGUGUCCCCUACGCAGCAACAGCACCAGCCAACCAGAUAAUCCUGAAGUAAUGGUCAGGCACGACAUGGCGUGUCAAGAAGCUGCUCUAAGAAGACCCAAACAGUUCUUAUGUAAAUACUACCAACCCUCACAGCUCGAGGUACAGCAACCUGCAUGCUAAGAGAGUCAUUCAACAGUUAACCACAAGACUUGAGUGCUGAUGUAAGAUGCACCGGACAAGAAGAAAGAAAAAAAAAAAAAAGA